AUGUCCUCUGAGGUUCUUACCGUGUCGUGCCCCCGAACGCUACCGGCUAUAUUUGCCUCCCUAAGUGUCCAAAUUGCGAAUAUUAGUGGAAACUCAGCGGAUGGAACCAAAAUUGCAAAGCAUAGAGCGCGCUUCUGCAUGCUUGCCCUGAAAACAAUGCAAGAUCGUUGGACUCCGAUCCUGUGGUACUAUCCUAUGUUCUUGAAAAUACUGCACAAAAUGGGAUGUGAAGUUCCAGAUGGCGAGAAAUACAGCAGUCAUUCAUCCCACGAUCAUUCCUCUGGAGCCUCAAGCACCACUGAGCUUCUUCCUGGUACUCUGUGGCGACAGCCGCAACGCAACCAGGUUUCCGAGAUUCCUAGCGGGUCUUUCAUGGGCCAAAUCGCGACAGAGGAGGCCGAAUACAGUGCAAUGAUGGAGUGUUUUCCAUUCUCGAGCUUCUUGACUGACAGUAUUUCUGGACAAUCCGACAACCCGUUUGACCAGGAGGGCAAUGCUUAA